GGGCCGGCAGGGAGUUGAACUCUGAACUUGACGAGAGAAGAGAACGGGGUCGAUAUGCAACGGCGGGUGGCUGAAAAUGGGGAUCCCGUAGCCAGUAAGGGGAAACCGAGGUGGGGUCCACAGCACGCAGGAGCCCGGGAGCUGGCGGACCUCUAUUCACCAGGAAAGCGAUGUCAGGAGUGGGUCUGUGUAGUGCUCUGCUUCUCUUUGAUGGCCUUCGAUUUCUACCUGCUGCUCACCAGCUUCCACCUGGAACACACUCCCCUCCUCCUGUUGGGCAUCGUUGCUGGAAUUGUGAUGGCUGAUUUCUUCUCUGGGCUGGUGCACUGGGGAGCAGACACAUGGGGUUCUGUGGAGCUGCCAAUCUUCGGGAAGGCUUUUAUUCGCCCGUUCCGGGAGCAUCACAUUGACCCGACAGCAAUAACACGGCAUGACUUCAUUGAAACCAACGGAGACAACUGCAUGCUGACCUUGAUUCCUCUCAGCAACAUGGCCUUCAAGUUCCUCACUCUGCCCCCAGAGGAGAUCCAGAGGACCUACCCCUGGGAGUGCUUCCUGUUUGCUUUGGCCAUCUUUGUGACACUCACCAACCAGAUCCACAAGUGGUCUCACACCUACUUUGGGCUGCCCUGCUGGGUCACGUUCCUCCAGGACUGGCACAUCAUUCUGCCCCGCAAACACCACCGGAUUCACCACGUGUCACCCCACGAGACCUACUUCUGCAUCACCACAGGCUGGCUAAACUACCCUCUGGAGCGACUAGGCUUCUGGCGAGGCCUGGAGGAUCUCAUCCAGAGCCUGACAGGAGAGAAGCCCAGAGCUGAUGACCUCAAGUGGGCUCAAAAAACCAAGUAACCCCUUGAUGUCUUCUCCACAUCCUGAACUCCUGCACCCCUCUGACUUCUCCUGUGAUGCUUUUGUUCAAUAAGAAAAGAGAGAACGGAUAUCAAGCCCCUUCCCUCCACAAAGACUCAUCUUUGUACCUUUUUUCAUUGAAAUACUUGAAAAACAAAAUGGCUCUUAGUAAACAAGCAGUUUUUUUAAGCGAUUUCCCUGGUUGCCAUGUGACACUUUCUAAACCACCAGACUGUAUUUCCUGUUGGUACUGCACCUGGUAGAAAUAUUUUUUAUCUCACUUUGGCCUCAUAGUUUUGGGGUUGCCUUUAGUUAACUUGCCAAAACUGCAGCCUUUUUCCACAAGAAGCUCGCUAGCAUAGUUUAAUCAGCAGACUGGGCUUUGGGUCUCUGUUACUAACAUAUGGAGGGGGGCAGUAUGCAUAUUUAUUAUUAUUAUUAUUAUUAUUAUUAUAUAGUUAUUGUUCCAUUCCUAAUAUUGAAAGUGUUUGUGAAACCCUGUUUUUGUAUGCGAUUAGGGGUGGGGUGGCUUCAUCAUACAGCUUUCCAGGGAAGUGAAGGGAGCUAGCCUAGCGGGGGGAGGGGGGUUUCAUCAUUGUAAAUGAUUACACACAAUGAGACUAUACACUGUCUGGCCACUUCAGGGCUGGACAAAUCAGUACUAUGAGUGGUAGACCGAUGGGCUACCAAAAGGCAAACUGUGGUAGCCCACCACAAAUUUUGGUAGCCCACAUUGUUCAGUAGAUAAACAUUCCCAUUUAACGCUAUGCACCAUUAAAACAUGCAGACGAUACAAUUGUGAGGUGGUGAGGUUCAGAAAAGAAAUCCCACAUCACUUCUGAGGGCCACUAAUAAAACAGGUUGUGGUUUUUUUACCAUAUAUAACCAGCUACUGCCAAAGUUUGCUAAUGACCUAAUUUCUGUUAAUAUUUCUACCAAACAAUAACAAGCUAAUAAUAGUUUCCUUAUAUAAAAUGCAGGGAAUUAUGUUUGACCACAUAAUUUGCAUUAUUUUCCCAGAUUUAGAAAAUAGUACAAGUGCAUUGCACACUUUAUAAAGACAUUACCCUGCAAGGGGGCACCCUCAAUACCAUUAGCUAAUUGUUCAGUUGGAAAUAAAAAAAUAAGCGCACCUUUAUUAACUUUCUACUGUGCUGGAGCUGCAGUAUCCCUGCACCUCAGUAACACUGUGAUAGCCACUGAGGUGUUCUCUCCUGUUUAUUCAUUUGUUUUAUAUAUA